AUGAAUGUUCCUUUUUAUCAAGUCGCCAAUGACUUUUGCGAGGCCCAAGCUAAAAGUGUUCGAUACUUAGAGGAAGCCUCUCUUAAGGAGAGCCAUCCAUGCGAUGCCCCUUGUUCUUAUCCGAAGUUACCCUAUGAUAUAUCUGUUUUCAUUAAAAAAGUGGAUCAGUUCCUUUUCGAAGUUACGAGACAGAAAGCUGCAAGGGAAGCAGACCAGAUGAAAGUAUGUGGAACUCUCAAUAGAGUGGUACUUAGCAAUGAGGACAUUAUCGGAGCUGUGAGUCGAAUAAGCAGAAGAGUUAAAGAAGGAACCCAAGAAAGCACCCUUUCCCAUCUUGAGCAAGUCUUUGCCAUGGUUAUUGAAAGUUUCGGACGAGGCAUCUUUGAAUUGGCAAGAGCUGCUCAUUCUAAUAAGAGAGGCAAAGAAGCCGUGGAGAAGUAUGAGGCCGGGUUGGCUAUGGUGAAAUUUUCUCAAAUCGUGAAUCCUUCGAAACCUAAAGAUGAAGAGAUAAUAAGUAACAAUCCCUGGGAUGUACCUUUGAAUAGCGCAUGUGACGUACGUAUCACCGCUACCAAAGCAGGCAAAGACUUGUCAAAGAAGAAAGAGAACUCUUUCAGAAAUAUAAAAGAUCCGCUUGCCGGUUUAGGCCGCUUCCAGUGGAUAAAAGAGGUACCUGAAACUCAGAGAAUGGUUUCGGUAAACGAGAGAGGGCCAGAAACAGAUUUUCGUCGACUUGAAGAGACAGUGGCUGCUCAGCACAAAAUAGUAAGCAGAUUCUGUGAGGAGCACCUACUCUUCUCUCACUGGUGGUACGAUUUUCUUGGUGGGCAUCUGUUCGACUACGGAUACAAGCGUUAUAUUGAAAAAUGUCAAUGGCAGAUACAAAACUCCAAAACAUAUAUUCAAAGUUUGUCUCGACUACGCCAUAUGCUAUCCAAGUACAUUGGCAGGCUACAAACAUGUGGGCCUAUUCUCUCUAAAGCAGAGCAUGAAGAAGCUAUGGAGAUCCUUUCUAUACUUUUCUUAUCAGCCACUUCAGAUUGGUAUGAACAAAUGGCCAUUGGAUAUAGCGGGGCACUGUGGGUAGAGAUUGAGAGGGAAUAUGGAGCGGCGGUGAUCGCCACAGAACGGUGUCUUGCCCAAAAUGAGGCCACGUACAAUCUAAAAUUAUAA